UUUUUUACUUGUUUUGUCUGAACUGUGAAGUCGUCAGAUUCGAUCACCCUCUGUUGCGGCUCUUCUCUAUUUUUUGAUUCUUCUCUUAAUCUUUCGCUUAUCUGGUUUUAAAGUUUCUUCCUAAAGUCAAUCGUGCUUCUGGGAUUUGUUGAGUUCCUUUUUUCCCUAUUUUCUUUCCUUUCUAAGCGAAGAAGGGGGAGAAGAUGACCCAGACGAGCAGUGAUAGCGGUAGCGGAAGCAGCACAGAUUUCCUUAUACCUGACGAGAUCUUAUCUGUGAUUCCAACGGAUCCAUAUGAUCAACUCGAUUUGGCUAGGAAGAUUACGUCCAUGGCGAUUGCGUCUCGGGUGUCGAAUCUGGAGACGGAAUCUGGUAGGUUGAGGCAGAAGAUUCUGGAGAAGGAUCGGUUGAUUGUCGAGCUUGAAGAGAAGGUUUUAAGGCUGGAGGAGGCAUUUCGGGAGACUGAUGAGCGCUUGAGGAUUGUCUUGGAUGGGAAUGUUAAGCUAGCGAAGGAGCGAGAUUCUCUAGCUAUGACCGCGAGGAAAAUGAACCGGGAUUUGUCCAAGUUGGAGACGUUCAAGCGGCAACUGAUCCGAUCACUCAGUGAGGACAGUUCAUCUCAAGCUGAAGCUGUUGAUAUAGGAACCUGUGACCAGUCAGUUGCUAAUACUUAUUCCUUGAAGGAUGAUGGAAGAACAAUUGGGUACUUGGCACCACAUGUUAGUGGUUCUACAGAAAUGGGGAAACUGAAUGAAGAUGCCAUCAGAUAUGCUGGGAAUAAAUACUCUUUGAGUCCAUACAUCACCCCACGCCUUACUCCUACUGGAACACCAAUAAUGAUCUCCUCAGGUUGCUCUCCGGGAGGAUACUCGGCUACUGGAUCUCCAAAUAUGACAUCUGGUACCACAUCACCCACAAAAUCCCACCUGGAAAGACGAUCUACAUUUUCAUCAUGGUACCCAUCAAGCCAGCAGUCCUCCGCAGCAAGCUCUCCUCCAAAUGGAUGCCCAUUGCCAGCACGAACUACUCGAAUUGAUGGCAAGGAGUUCUUCCGGCAAGCCAGGAGUCGCCUUUCAUAUGAACAAUUCAGAGCAUUUCUAGCCAACAUUAAGGAGCUUAAUGCUCAUAAACAAUCACGAGAGGAAACCUUAAAGAAAGCAGAAGAGAUAUUUGGAACAGAUAACAAAGAUCUUUACUUGUCUUUCCAAGGGUUGCUUAACCGCAGCACACAUCAGAACUAAUGUACAUUUCUCAGACAUUGUUGAUAGAUCAUGAUACCAGAGUUGAGAUGUAAUAGGUGGGUUUCAAAUAGAAGUGGCGAUCCUUGACAGUUGACCCGACACCUGCAGCUAAGUCAGAUCGUAUAUUAAACUGGUUGGGAUCAGCAAGGGCUCCAGAUCUGGUGGACUAGCGUACUUCAUUGGCUAUAGCCGAAACCAGCCUAGCUUGCUAGCUUGCCCCUGGUCACUAUCCUAAACCUCAAUAACCUACCCAAACCUUAAAGCUUCUUGGUAGUCCUAUUCAGAUAUUUGUAUUAUGGUCCAACAUUGUUUAUUUUAUAGAAAUUGAGGUAAAAUUACAGUUGAA